AUUCCGGGUGAUGUGUCUGAAAGCGGACUAUCUGACCCGUUGGCACAAUCGCCAGCUGCGGCAUAUGUAUCCAACAAGAUACAUAGCUCUUUGGAUUCCCAGAGAGAAAAUUCAGAUUUGUCAGAUAGGUUCGUUUUUGACAAGCUAGAGGCGACAUUUCGGGCCUUUCGCCGCCUGGAGGAAGUUCACAUAUCCAUGGAGUCACGCGACUUUGACGACUCCGACGACAACGGAGAGUUUGGAGAGCCUCAAGAGCCCGAACUUUCUGCGUUGGCGAGCAAUCUUCAUCCAAAAUUUUAUUAUGAGCAGUUUGCCCGGACGUACCUUUUGGGUAUGUGCGCAGUUCUCAAAAGCAAUAUCGAUGUGACAUCCCUGCGGAUUGAAACCAAUAUCGACGAAGUGUCUCUUGCACCACAGGUGCUUGAGGCACCAUUUAAAUCAUUCUCUUCGGAGCCUUUGGCCGUGUCUCUGGAGGUGCUCGAGAUUUAUACGUCAAUUGGAGGUGCUGUUCUUGUAAAUUCUGAGACACCUACAUUGUCAGGCUUGGCAGGUCACCUCUGUAACCUGAAGUACCUCUGUGUCCACAUGAACUACCUAGAAGUGAACUUGAGCCCUUCAAAUCCCUGCCCAGAAUUCUUGGGCCUUCUUCAUUCACCCAGAUUGGAAUCGUUGAUCUUCAGUCACUUCAAGGCGACAGCGAGCUUUCUGCUGUCCUUUUUCCAGAAACAUCUUCAGCUUGCAUAUAUCGAGCUCUCGGACAUCAAACUAGUAGAUGGCGAUUGGAAGGAGGCCUUCAGUCUUCUCCAAAGUGAUAUGCCAAGGCUCAAAGAAUUGCGUGUUGGGGGCCUUGUAGGACAAGAUGAUAAGUAUCUGCGAAUAAGGCCUGUCCAGAAGACAGAUGAACUUUUCAAAAGCCACCGGCACUGGGACCGAGAUCUACUGGACCAAUCGUUCAUUAAUAGAUGCUGUACACUUGGCAGCGCGGAUUUGCAGAAGGGCCUCGAGUUUUCAUAG